AUGACCUUGGUACACAGCUUUGAAUCCAAGCAAGUCCUGUAUUUAUUUCCAAGUGCAAGUCCCAUCAUGCUUGGGAAGGAGACCCCUAAGCACUUGGGACUCCCAUCUAAAGAUGAGGAAAAGGUGGCCGUGGCUCAGUUGAAUUCCCUUUUUCCUGAAGCGGUCGGAGCUGAAAGUAAUCUCCAGAAAGGACGCCUUGUACCUUGCCUUAAAUCACGUGGGAAAAGAGCCCAUCACAUCCCAACCAACAAAGUUCCAAUGCCGUGA